GUUCUUUUUUAGCUCUUUGAGUAGCAGAGCGUACGGUUGGCAUUACACCGAUACAGUCAGGGGCUUUGUAUGUUGGGGUCUCAGCCUGGAACAAUCCUUUUGUAGAAGGAAACUCCUUUGCCUUCCGUCUGUGACGCGGAAGUUCACUGCCAUAAUUAGAAAAUUAUUUUAAUUCUCCAGGAAAAAAGUUAUAGGAAAUUAACUUUCAAUUGCAUAAUGCUUUACCUUAUUUUCUUGUAACUGUUACAACGAACUUGAAGCCUAAAGGCAGGAAAGUAAUGGACUUCUUGUAAGUCAGCUUGCUGUUAACGGAGGUUGACUAUGCAUUGCUGGAUUCAGGACCACUUCCCAGUUCUCGGUGGCGUCUGUGACAGAAUAUGGGGCAUUUAUAAAAAUCCCAGGCUGCAGGAAGCAAGGCCUUGUUCAUAAGACUCACAUGUCUUCCUGCCGGGUGGAUAAGCCCUCGGAGAUAGUGGAUGUCGGAGACAAAGUAUGGGUGAAGCUUAUUGGAAAGGAGAUGAAAGAUGACAAACUGAAGCUUUCCCUCUCCAUGAAGGUUGUUAACCAAGGCACAGGAAAAGACCUUGAUCCGAACAAUGUUGCCCUUGAUCAGGAUGAGAGGAAAAAACGCAUGUUCAGGGACUACACUAGUCAGAAGAUCACGCUUGAAGCUGUCUUGAACACUGUGUGCAAGAAAUGUGGCUGCAAAGGUCACUUUGCCAAGGAGUGUUUCAUGCAGCCUGGGGGAACCAAAUAUAGCCUGAUCCCAGAAGAGGAGGAAGAGGAGGUGACAGCAGCAGAAUGUGAAAGGCACAAAAAGAGCAGCUUGACUGAUGAUUCUUCAAAGAAAAGGAAAAAGGAGAAGAAGAAGAAAAAGAAGCACAAGAGUAAGCAGUCCUCCGAGUCUGACUCAGACAGCUCUGACUCGGACAGCGACGGGGCUCAGCCAGCCAGCAAGAGGGCCAAGCACUCGGGGAAGACCAGCAAGGCUCAGAAGAAGAAGAAAAAGAAGCAUAAGAAGAAGACCAAGGAGUGACCGGGCGGACAGGGGCACCGGUAUUGUGAAUCCCUGGAAUAUACUGUUGGGAGCAAGCAGGACUGAAUCGGUGUGCUUCUCACACCAAGUCACGGAGAUUCCUUCUUCCAAAAGUAACAUUGAGCCCGUGCUGCUGAAGUUGUUGAUGUUGCUGUAAGCUUUCCUAUUACCUUAGACGUGGGCUGCCAUUUUCUCCCACCGAGGCCAGUGGCCAUACCUGCCCAAACAGGCUGAUUGCACCCGUUCAUCAGCAGCUCUCCUGUCCUGUAGCCUCCUGUCCGGCCGGGUGAGCUGCUGCCGGGCUCCUUGCACAGCGUCAGGCAGCCGCCCCGAGCCCGUGUGACAUCAGCCCUGAUCCCGUUGCCUGCACAAGGUGGAGCCGCGCUGCCUGGCCGCGCUCCCAGCCCUGCUGCGUGCACACGUGCUGCUGGCUCAGAGCAGCCGCGGGGACCGAUCGCAGCCCCGACCGACGCCGUCGCUGCAGAGCAGCUCAGAAAGGGCCCCGCUGUCUCUGCACUUGCCCCUUUCCCAGCUCAAGGCGUCGGUAACCCUGCCUGGAGGGGGUUGAUUCAUGAUUUGGUCUUGCUACCCAAACCCUCCCCCUGCCCUGUUCAUUUUGUCUGUAAAUAUUGAGAGUGGGAGAGUAAGAAGCAAAUUGGUGAGUGGAGAUAUUUUAAGUAAACAUUAACUGUGGUGUAUUUGCUGCCUUUGUAAAGGAUGGAA